CAGAAGCGCGUCAGCGGCAUCAAUGAUCUCGAGCGGCGACUGAACACGCUCGGCUACCGCGUUGGCGUGCGCGUCCUCGAGCUCAUGUCCUGGCGCAACGAGUCCAGCUCCAAAGCUCCCAAGCGCGAGAUCCGCUUCCUCCCCGCCCUCAUGUCCAUCCACACCCAGCUCUGGCGCGCCGUCUUUGGCAAGCCCGCCGACGCCAUCGAAAAGAGCGUCGAGAACGCCGACGAGUACAUGAUCAUCGACAACGACCCACCCAUCACCCGCAACAUCUCCGUCCCACGCGACAUGAGCCAGCUCAGCUGCUCCUCCUUCACCGCCGGCGUCGUCGAGGCCGUCCUCGACGGCCUGGGCUUCCCAGCACGCGUCACCGCGCAUAACACGCCGACGGAGCAGUACCCCGGGCGCACGACGAUCCUCAUCAAGCUCGAGCAGUCCGUGCUUGACCGUGAGGAGGCGCUCAAGACGUGACCUACCCGGAGCCGGGUUGUCUGGGUGGUAGGGAUAAUAGCGCGCGGUGCGUAGAGCGGGUCGGUGUCAGCGUCCGUCGCCGCGUGCCUCGCAUUGGGACGGUCCUGCGCCGCCUGCUCGUCCUGCGGAGAGUCUCUUGCGGUGUCGGUGGAGACGCAGGUCUGACUCGCACUGGUAGCGAUUCCAGAGGAUGGUGGGUUGGCUUUGGGCUGAGCACGUUGGGGACCCUUACGCUGUCCUGUGUUCAACGUCAUCUGCUGGCCGGCUUAUCUCGUUGCAAUGGGACUGUCCGUCUCUACUAUAAUUGAAAUAUGACCUACUAUCGAUAAAGUGAAUUAGCUGACCCAGGAUUCCGGGAUACGACAGCCGCUGCUAUGACACAUACGAUGAGCGUGAAUAUUGCUCGGAUCGAUAUCGGUGCACCAU